AUGCAUCAGGAACCCGACCGACUGAAGGCGCUGGCCGAACAGGAUCCCAGCUACCUGCGGCGAGGCCGACUAGCCCAGGAGCUGCUGAGGGAUGCAGAGCGGGUGUAUGAUCCGCAGCAAGAAAGAUCAUGGGAGAAGAAAUACAAGUUCUUCAGCGAAGCCAAGAUGAAGGCAACAUACCGCACGUUUGCACGAGCCAGACAUGAUCCGUUCAACAAAGAUCCGGCGUGGGGGAAAUCGGUUUUGUCGCGUUUCGCGACAUAUUGCGGCGACAGAAAUGUGAAACUGGAGGACAUUUUCCAUCAUGUUGAUGCAGACGGCGAUUAUUCGCUGAGCAGACCUGAGGUCAAGCAUGCUUUGUGCAGGGUGCUGCCCUCCCUUUCAGAGCAGGAGGUCGUGGCCAUAUUUGAUGCAAUCGACGAGGAUCACAGUGGUGCCGUCAGCGUGCAAGAGUUUCGAACAGCCUUGGAGUGGGGCAGGAAUGCUAAAUUCAACAAAGAGUGUACUGAACGGCACAGGAAUCCGACACAUCGGAUUAAGCGUUUCCCACCGGCGAGAGUCGAUGGAUGGGAGCACCUCAGGGAUGCCGACAGUGUGCAGGGAACCAGGUAUGAGAGGGUUGGCCAAGCGGGCAGCUUGCUGGAGAUGUGUGACAAGGAAACAUCCGAAUGCCUGGGGAGAUUGGCCAAGACGCUGGUCCACACACCACGUGCUCUUCAACACCGAGCCCAGACUCCGAAGUACCUGUACUUCGGGGGCGGUGCUGACAGCGCUCGAUUCCAGAAGCACUCCAGGUUUGGUCACCUUGCGGUGGAUGCUGACGGCAUUUCUGAGGACGUGCCAGAUCCGGGAGGCUUUGAUUUGCGUCCUGGUUUUCUAUGUGGAGCUCGGUCAGCGCGACAGGCAACGAGGCCACACACCCGCGGUUGA